AUGUACUGCCUCCAGUGGCUGCUGCCGGUGCUCCUCAUCCCCAAGCCGCUCAACCCGGCGCUCUGGUUCAACCACUCCAUGUUCAUGGGCUUCUACCUGCUUAGCUUCCUGUUGGAACGCAAGCCCUGCACCAUCUGUGCCCUGGUUUUCCUCGCCGCACUCUUCCUCAUCUGCUACAGCUGCUGGGGGAACUGCUUCCUGUACCACUGCACAGAGUCCACACUGCCCGCCUCAGCCCACGACCCAGCCAUAGUGGGCACUUAG